AUGGUUCCGCGCCAACAGCACAACCCGCCUCCGCAAGUACCUCCACAACACUCGCCGCCUUUCCGCCCGGACCUCUUUCGCCAGCCGUCCGCCACCUCCAAGCGCUCCUUCCAGACCUCCUACAGCGCCGACGAUGAACGCUCAAUAGCCGCCGACACCAUGGGUCCUGACCGCGAGCGCAACAUCCCUGCCCGCCCGCCGCAGUAUGAUGGCGAGGACACCUCUCUGACCUCGCGCACGGAGUUGUGGGGCUUCUACGGUUACGGAUGGGCUGCCGAGGUGUUUGUUGUUUGCGGUGUUGGAUCCUUCAUACCAAUCACCCUCGAGCAGCUUGCUCGAGAACGCGGUGUCCUGCAGUCGGACGGCAAAACUCCGUGCACCACUCCCUUCGAUAACCCACUGCCGCCGAACGCAACGUCUAACCAUGUUCCAAACUCGGAUGCCGCACAAUGCGUAGUCUAUAUCCUGGGCGCCGAGGUCAAUACGGCCAGCUUUGCCAUGUAUACCUUCUCUAUCAGCGUUCUGGUUCAGGCUCUGUUGAUCAUAUCCAUGUCUGGAGCCGCCGACCAUGGCAUGCAUCGGAAGACGUUCCUUCUAAACUUCGCCUUUGUGGGCGCCGUUGCAACAAUGUUCUUCCUUCCGGUCACGCCCCAAGUGUUCGUACUUGGAGCUUUGCUCGCAAUCAUUGCAAACACCUGCUUUGGUGCCUCGUUUGUCUUGCUCAACUCAUUCCUUCCACUGCUCGUCAGAAAUCACCCGCGCGUUGCGGAAUAUCACCAUGAACCUGAAGACUCUUAUGGCGAGGAAGACGAUGGCUAUCAUGAGCAUGACAGAUCUGGAACUGAGGAUGAGGAAGAUUUAGACUACGAUGAAGUGCCACAUCAAAGGUCUGCACUGCUGCGGCAUUCUUCAUACGUGGACCAUACGACACCAUUUCCUAAAUCGCCCGCUACUUCGUCACAUGAGCUAGCCCUCUCCACACGAAUCAGCUCGUACGGAAUCGGCAUCGGCUACAUAGCGGCCCUACUGGUUCAGGCCAUUGCCAUCAUCAUUGUCAUGCAAGUCGCUACAGAGUCGACCAACUUCUCGCUCCGACUCGUGCUAUUCUUCGUUGGGGCUUGGUGGUUCGUCUUCACCAUACCGGCCGGCCUUUGGCUGAAGUCUCGACCUGGGCCUCAGCUACAUAUCGGCGGAAGGGAGGGCAGGUUGCAGACUGGCUUGGAAUAUUUCAAGUAUUCCUGGAAGUCUCUUGGAAAGACUGUCAUGCACGCGCGGAAAUUGAAAGACGUCCUUCUCUUCCUCGGCGCAUGGUUUCUCCUCAGCGAUGCCAUCGCGACGGUGAGCGGAACGGCAGUCCUUUUCGCAAAGACUUCGCUGGCAAUGAAACCCGGCGAUGUUGCCUUCAUCAACGUCGUGGUUACGGUGACGGGUAUAAUCGGGGCAUUUUCGUGGAGUCGGCUGUCCAUUAUGAUGGGUCUCAAGCCCACUCAAACGAUAUUGUCUUGUAUCUGUCUGUUUGAGCUGAUUCCCAUCUACGGACUUCUUGGAUACAUCCCAGCGAUCCGCAAACUAGGGGUGUUUGGGCUCCAGCAACCGUGGGAGAUGUAUCCCUUGGGUGCAGUCUACGGCUUUGUCAUGGGCGGCCUGUCCUCGUAUUGCCGCAGCCUCUUUGGAGAGCUCAUUCCCCCAGGAUUCGAGGCGGCCUUCUACGCACUGUACGCUAUCACAGACAAGGGCUCGAGCAUUUUCGGACCAGCAGUGGUCGGCGCGAUCACGGAUGCCACGGGGGAGAUCCGCCCAGCGUUCUGGUUCCUUGCGGUCCUGGUCGGACUGCCGUUCCCGCUAAUGGCAAUGGUGGAUGUUGACAGAGGGAGAGCGGACGGGGCUGCACUGGCUAUGGCGUUGAGCGAAGGUAGAGGCAAGAGCCCGGAGCGGGGCAGUCGCCGUCUCAGCAGCCCGGAGUCGUUUCGCGAGGGAGAGGAGGACACAGAGGGUCUGCUGGGAGAGUCAGGACGGUGA